CCUAUAUAACCUUCCCUUUUUUCCUCCAUAUUUUUUUUUUCUUUUCUUCUCUCUUUUUCUUUACAUUCUGUAAAUUUACUAUAUAUAUAUAUAUCUGUAUUUAACACAUACACCUACACACACACACACACAAAAAAAAAAUGGAUGCAUCAACUUUAACAGCCAAGAUUUUGGAAGAUACACCUUUUAAAUAUCCUUGUAAAAUUUACAAGGAAAAUUCGAUACCCAUCAUGAAAGAUUACAAUAUUUCUGAUCAAUGCAAAGAAAUUGGAAAGCAAAUUCUAAACAUGACAAAAAACCCAUUGGUAAAUUAUAUCAAUUACUGAAAACAAUCGUCAUCAUUUUUUAUUUAAAAAAAAACAAAACCUUUUUUUUUUAUUUUCAUCCCGUACCCUUCCCAUAGUCUCAGCAUGUCGAUGUUCUUAUUCCCAAAAUGGACAGAAAUGAUUAUGCUAAAAAGCAAAUGGAACACUUUAAAUCAUUUUUUGGUCAUAAAUACUCUGAACCACAACAACAACAACAAACCGAAUCAAAUGGUCUGAUGCAAGAGUCGAUUGAUAACACAAUCACAUCCCGAAAUGCAUUCAUGUAUGAAACCAAAGCCAUGAAAGCCAUUCGAGAGUUCAUCGAAACGGAAGAAGCCUAUGUCAGUGCGAUUGAAGAUCUUGUCACCACCAUCAUGAAGCCUAUUCGCGAAUCCAUUGUCGAUCCCAACAAAACCUCAAUUUUGGAUCAGUAUUCAUUUAACCGAAUCUUUAUUAAUUUGGACGAUAUUGUUGAUGUGAACAAGGCAUUUUUGGCAUCAUUAAAACAAUACCAAUAUGGAACAACAACUGAAACAAUUGGACAGAUUUUGACUAGUCAUAUUGAAGCCUUCAACUGUUACAAAGUAUACCUUUUGGGGAAACCCAACUCCAUGUCUUGUCACACCGAAAAUAAGAAACAAAAUAAAGUUUAUUAUAAAUUUCUUGUCAACAACAGUCUCAAGAAGAACUUUGGUGUGAAUGAUGUUUUAAUUCGACCUGUUCAACGUAUGGGCAACUAUGAACUCCUGAUCAGAAAAAUUAAAGAUGCCAUGAAUUCAAAUGACCCAGAUAUUGCCAGAGUACAAGAAGCUGCAUCCAAGGUGUCCAACAUCAAUGACAUGCGCUAUGGCUCAGACUCCUCUUUGCUCAACUUGUACCACCUUAUUCGUGAUGCACCGGCUUCUUUAAUUCAAACCCGAAAAUUACUAGGUUACUUUGAUGCAUCUGAACUCUCCUUGUUGACUGGAAAGACCAGCCGGCCAGUGACCCUACUCGUAUUUACAGAUAAAAUUAUGGUUGUGAAACGCAAAAAUUUUAAUCUUCAGUCCAAGGAAUACCUUGAAAAUAUUGAGGAGAAAGUCAAGGUUGGAUCGACCAAUACGAUUUUACAAAAGGCCAAAGAUGUCUAUACUGGUUUGCCGCUCGAAUUUAAGGGAUGGGUUGACAUUCGAAGUGUCGAGAUUUUUAAUGGUUUAAAAGCGAGACCUGAUUCCUUCUUUUUAAGAACUUGCCUACCAGAGUUGAACCCCAAUGCUACCGAAAAAGAAUGUGAAAAUUACUUUCGAAGAAGUGACAGAUUGUUUUCGAUGUGUACCAAUUCCACACGAGCUGGUCCCUACAAACAAAAGAAGAACGACUUGAUCUCCUUGUGUCAAAAACAACAAGCUAUUGCUAAAUUAGAAGAUACCACUGAAUUGUACCACGAAGACAAAUUCAAAUUACCAGGAUACUCUCAUUUUUACGAUCAGGAUUCUUAUUCAAAUGCCGAACACAAGAAUAAUAUCUUGAUUGUGUACAUCGAGGACAAAUAUGCUGCUGCCAAUAUCGAUCUAAACUCCUUAUUGACGGAUGAUGUCUGGAUUGUCAUUCUUCUUACGCAUCAUGAAUCGGGGGGUUACAAACCUACCAUUCGUUCCCGAACAAGCUUAAUUCCUAUCCGUGAAAUCAGUCGUGAAAUUGAAUACGAGUCUAUUGUUGACACCAAGCAAAGAAAUAAGGACGCUCCUCUUGACUUUAUCGAUACCUUGUGGAAUAACUUGUUCUUUUAUGAACGAAGACUUCGAGCUACGGAAGCUUAUUCUUGCGUGAAUGACAAUUUAUUACGUGAUAGAGCCAGAUCUCGUUCCAGAAGUAAAUCUCUUACGCGAGUUGCCAGCAAUAUGAGUAUCGGUAAAUUGUUUGCUAGGUCCCGAUCAACAUCCCCAUCAAGACACUCCUCCUCCAAUGAAAGAACAGAUGAUGACGAUGAUCAGACAGCAGCAGCAUCAUGUGUACCUGAUCCUAUCUUUAAAGUAGCCAGCGUAAACAAACAUACGGAGAACGAGUUCCGUGGGCAUUAUGCUCCCACCACUAUGUCUCACAACAGGACUUACUCGGCAGGAUAUUUUUCUGCGGCUGCUACUGCUGCUGCUGUUGCUACUAGUGCUCCUAUUGCCGUUGCUGCGGAUAAAGGUUAUAAACUCCCCAGGAUCCACACUCAGCCUCAUAGACAUAGUAGCGGACCUCUUUCUGAAAUCUAUGUGCGUGAUGAUCAUACUUUUAUCGAACCGUUUGUGGGUAGCACCAAUUAUGAAGAUAACUCGAAUGGAAGACCCUGUUACAAUUAUCAGUACACUGGUUCGCUUUCUUCGUCGGCUAAACUUGAUGAGAUGUUAUUCCAGAGCUCACCGGAGCAUAUGCGAAGACCUUCUAGUGGCGGUAGUAAUAAUAGUCAUCAUUCGUCUUCUGCAUCAAGUGAGACGGAUCGCACACCACCUCGUGGUCUGACAAUGGGCGGUUCCCUCAGUAGUAACACGAGCAGUGUUCUCAGUUAUUUCGAGAACCAUACGUUUACACCUCCCUACGACUCGAGUUAUCGUACUAACAAUAGUAUGGCGAAUGACGAAAGGCUGAUGAGCACCAUUGACGGAUCAAGACGAUCGCAUUUUGGUGGUACAGGCAAUAGAAAGACUCCCCUUCAUCCUAACCUUUUUGUGAAUCCUCAAUUCCCUCAACACCGUUCUCAAACCACACCCAAUAUGGUGGCCAAUCAUUUGUCCCAAUUCAAGGAUGAGGUUAUUGGUAUGUUUGAUGAUUAUGUUCAAUCUGGACAGUUGCCACGCUCUCAAAAGUCGAUGGGUCAUUAUCAUCCUCAUUCUCAUCCAAAUUACGAUGGUGCUCAAGGCUUUAAAUCGCACUUGGUGUCAAAGAUUGAUAAGUUGAUAGAAGACUUGCAUCCCAAUCAGCUGAGAUAAGUAUGCCUAUACCUUUUUGUCUUUCCAUUGUAAAUAUUUAUACCCACAGCAAGAAUUUCCCAUACGAUCCCUUUUAAGCCUCUUUUUUUUUUUCAUACAC